AUGAACGAACAAAUCUCUUUAGAUGAAAAAUUAAAAUCUAUCGAGGCCUCCAUUUUUAAAGAUGAGAUAAAACCAUUCAAAGACAAGCUAAAAAUUGCACAGAGCUUGAUGAAAAGUUUUUUCGAAGUAUCCCUAGAGCAAAUUAUACAACACGUCAAGAAAAUUGUAGAAACCAUACCAAAUAUAAGAAAUAUUCUAAUUGUCGGAGGAUAUGGGGAAAGUAGUUUGCUACAAGAAAGCUUCAAGAAAGAGUUUCCGCUAUCAAACAUUGUUAUUCCCAAUGAAAGUAGUUUAGCUGUUAUCAAGGGGGCGGUUUUAUUUGGACACAAUCCUCGAGCAAUAUCUGCUAGAAUAUUGCGAUAUUUCUAUGGUGCAGCUGCAGAUGACAUAUUUGAUCCUGAAAUUCAUCCGGAAGAAAAACGAUAUGUAGACGAAAAUGGUAUUGGAAGAUGUAAAGAUGCCUUUGGUCAAUUAAUUGCUAAAGAUACAAAAGUUCCAUCAAAAGGAAAAGUCGUUACAGAAAUAGAACUCCCUCUUAUGCCUGAUCAGAAAAGUUAUGAUCUGAGAAUUUAUUGCACAGAGAAAAUUGAUGCCUCUGUGAUUGAUGAAAGCUUCAAGUAUGUUGGACGGUUAGACAUUUCUGUACCUGAGUAUAUCGAGGGGGAAUGGGAGGCAGAGGAACAUUUUGUUUUCGGUAUGGCGGAAAUCAAUGUGUCUGUCACAGUUAGGGAAACCGGAGAAAAAACUGAAUCUACUUUUGACUUGCUUGAAUAA